UAGGUCAUCGACGAAGGUCUACAAACCAGCUGGAUUAGAUUCAUAAUAUCAACAACUGCAACUUCAAGUAACUGAAAGCGUGUGAGUACAACCCUACUAUCGACUGUUUGUUUACAACUAGUGUAUGCCGAUCUUCAUUUCCCCAUAACAUUAAAAUAAUCCUCUAUCAAUCAUGACGAUAGGGCAGAAAUUCCAAGAAUUCAUCUAUUCAUUAACGACUAAUGAUAAAUACUCCGAUUAUGACUCUCGUAAGUCAUUUAAUCGUAUCAAUAAACCAGAUUCAGAUUCAAAUUUAUUAUAUUCCCAUCAUAAUCAAUCAACUCAAGCAUUAAUCAUCGAUGAUAAUGAGUUUGAAGGAGGUCAAUAUUAUAAUAAGAACACUUUAGAUGGAGUUCAUGAAGUUAAAUUAGCUUGGAGACAUAUUAAAAACUGGCUAGAUAAAAAUUCCCCUGAUUUAUCAAAAACUUUACAAGAUAAAUGUACAAGUUCUGAUUUAAAUGAUUUUCAAAAUGAUUUAAAGAUUAAAUUACCUCAAUGUUUAGUUGAGUUUUUUAAAUUGACUGAUGGUCAAUCAAGUAUUGGGAAUAAUGAUAAUGAUAUAAGUGGAUUAAUCUUUGGUUUGAAAUUAAUGGCAUUAGAUGAAAUUGUUGGUGUUACUGAAAAUUGGAGAAAAGUUGCUGAAAUCUUAAAUAAUGAAAUGAGUCAAUUAAAACAAUCAAAUAAAUUAAGUGAAUUAAGUAAAUUGACUUUAUCUCAUUAUAAUGAAAAUCAAGUAUCAAAGAAAUUCACUACUGGAAGUGAAUCAUCAUCCGCAAAGACUUCUAUCGAUAUAGUAGAUACUGUAUCAAGAUCUUCCACCACUUCAACAUCAUCUUCUUCAGCUACCACAUCAGCUACUACCAGUAUUCAGUCUUCUAUUGUAUUACCUCAACAAAGAUGUAUCCCACCUGGAUCCAUUCAUGAAACUUUUGCUCAUCCAAUGUGGAUUCCAUUAGUUACGGAUGAAGUGGGAAAUUAUAUUGGUAUUGAUUUAUCUCCCCCUCCGAAUGGUUCAGGUAAUUGGGGCCAAGUUAUCUUAUUUGGAAGAGAAUUUGAUGUUAAAUUCAAAAUCGCUGAUAAUUUUGGUGAUUUUUUAUUAAUCUUUGCUAAUGAUUUAGAAACGGGUAAUUGGGAUUUAAAAUAUAAUAAAAGAAAUAAUGAUGCUGAUUUAUUCGUGGGUGAAGAAGGUGAUUUGGUAUUCAUUGAUAAAUUAACUAAUAAGGAAAUACCUUAUUUCGAUGUCUUGAAAACUAGAGCUAUUAAGAAAUGGACUGCUUCUUUACAAAACUCCGAUAAUGUUCCUAAAUCUCCUGAAGAGAUUAAUCUUAUUAAUCUUUUACAUUCAAGUAACGGUUCAAUCUUAAACUUACCAAGUAAUUAUAAUUCAAUUGAUUCAUUCAUAAAUAGCAACCUAUCAGUGAUUGAUAAAAUGGAAGAAAAUCAAAAUAAGAAGGCUCCAAGUCCCAAGAAAUCCAACAAUGUCCCUUCAAAUAUCUUGAAGUCAAAGAAUAUGAAUACAUCAAGACCUACUGUAAGGAGCCCGUUGGUCAAUGAAGUGGUUGACGAAGACGAUGACGAUGAAGAUAGAGAAUAUGAGGAAGAAGAUAUCGUGGAUGACGAUAUUCUAAAUGAGAAUACCGUUCCAGCUCUUGCUAAUAUCAAAAGGUUCGCUGAUGGUAGUAAUAUUUAAUUUAUAGAUUAAGGGAGGAAGAAUAGUAUGGUGAUUUUAAUUGUUUAUUUAAUGUUUUUGCUUUUUUAAUUUUUGAUUUUUG